CUCUCCCUCUCUCGCUCUCUCUCUCUCUCCCCUUUCCCCUGUUGCGUUCCCUUUUCUGCAAAACCAAGAGAAAGCAGUCUGUUGAGAAUGAAGGCUUCCAAAGGCAAAGGACCUGUAAGGAAGGACAAGAAAGAAGUAUUAAAGCCUGUCGAGGAGAUAAAGGUGGGAAAGCGAAAGGCCGCAAUUGAGGCUGACAAGAGUCGCCGAAAACUUGCUAAGAAUGCAAAAUUGGGCAAGAAGGACCCCAAUAAACCAAAGAGACCAGCGAGUGCUUUCUUUGUUUUUCUAGAAGAGUUCAGGACGGUUUACAAGAAAGAGCAUCCGAAUGUGAAAGCUGUGUCAGCUGUGGGGAAAGCUGGCGGAGAAAAGUGGAAAUCUAUGUCACCUGCGGAGAAAGCUCCAUAUGAAGCUAAAGCAGCAAAAAGGAAAACGGAGUAUGAAAAACUUAUGAAAGCUUACAACAACAAAGAGGAUGACACGGAGGAUGACGAGGAAGAAGUUGCUGAAAGGUCAAAACCCAUUGCGAAGAUUGUGGAAGAAGAAGAGAGUGCCGAGGUAACCUUCAAAACUAUAUAUGAAUCCUUGCACAGGAAGAUGAUGAAGAAGAUGACGAUGACGACGAAGAUGAAGACUGAUCUGGCAUUCCAUGUUGAUCCAUAAUAUCACCUCCCACGGGACGGGACUUGUGCUAUGACACCUUUAACUUAUGUUAAAUAUGCUUGUUUAUUUGAGAGGGAUGCAUCAAGCAUGCCGAGCCCUCGCAUCUUCCAGGUAGCCUUGCUAGGUUACAUCAUCGUUGUAUAUAUCGUGCUUACACCGUGUUCAUUGGCCGUGCGUGAUAUGAUAUCUAUGUUCUUCUAUUUACUAAA